GUAUUCAUGAUCUCAUGCUUCUAAUGUUUGGAGCUGCAGAUGUUAUAUAAAAUUGCAUGAUUCUCCUCCAAAGUCUUCAUCUGAGGAAGAUAAUGUCAUGUCAAAGUUGCUUCCUUCUCAGAAAAAGAAAUUGAGGCAAAGACUGAGAAAGGCAGAAGCAAGAGCUAAGAAAGAGGCUGAAGAAAAAAAUGAAGAAUCAAGUGCUGGUGGGAUAUCAAAAUCUGGAAAACGGCAUGCAAAACCUGUUGAUCCAGAUUCACGUGGUGAAAAAUUAUUGCAGGUUGGAGAUCCAUUGUUAGAAGCCACAAAAUACUUGAAGCUUCUAUAGAAGAAUUCACCUAAUUCAUUGGAGACACACUCUCUCUCUUUUGAAUUAUAUAUGAGAAAACAGAAGAUUUUGCUUGCCUUCCAGGUAUACAUAUGUAAAAUGAGAAGUUGAGAUUAUUCCAAGCUAGUUAAUUUUGUCAGGAUAGUAAUUUUUUUGGGCUUAAUGAUUCUGGCUGUAUCCAUUGAAUGUUGACCCUUUUUCUAGUGCUAACUGCUUUCUCCAUAUCUACCA